AUGCGGCGGCGAAGAGGAGCUCCAGGUUCAGAGGUGCAUCGUUGGACGGGCAGGUUCGAGGCUCACCUAUGGGACAAGGGGACGUGGAACCCGACGCAAAAGAAGAAAGGAAAACAAGUCUACCUUGGGGCGUAUAACGAGGAGGAGGCGGCGGCGAGGGCAUAUGAUCUGGCAGCACUCAAAUACUGGGGACCCACCACCUAUACUAACUUCCCAGUCGUUGACUACGAGAAGGAGCUGAAGGUGAUGCAGGGCGUAUCCAGGGAAGAAUACCUAGCGUCAAUAAGAAGAAAGAGCAAUGGAUUUUCCCGCGGCGUUUCCAAGUACAGGGGCGUGGCGCGGCACCACCACAACGGGCGGUGGGAGGCCCGGAUCGGCCGGGUGUUCGGCAACAAGUACCUCUACCUCGGCACCUACAGCACCCAGGAGGAGGCGGCGCGCGCCUACGACAUCGCCGCCAUCGAGUACCGGGGCAUCAACGCCGUCACCAACUUCGACCUCAGCACCUACAUCCGCUGGCUCAAGCCCGGGGCCGCCCCCGCCGAGGCCAUGAGCGGCCUGAGCGGCGCGCCGUCCCCGUCGUCGACCACCACCGCCACCACGCUGAUCACGCCGAGGGACAUGGGCGGCCUCCGCCUCCUCCCGCCCUCGCGGAACUCGCUUUCUCUGCUCGGCGACGUGGGCUCGAUGGUGUUUGGCGGCGGCCCCUCCCCGUCCCCGUCCCCGUCGUCCACCACCACGGCGCUCAGCCUGCUUCUGCGGUCGUCCGUGUUCCAGGAGCUCGUCGCGCAGCAGCACCAGCCGGCCGCGGACGUCGACGCCGACCAGGCGGCGGUGCCUGCGCUGGAGAACGAGCCCGGGGAGGCGCUGUACGGCUCCGGCGGCGUAGAGGGCGAGGACGCGGCGUUCUCGUGCUCCAUGUACGAGCUCGACGACAGCUUCGCGCGCAUCGAGGACUCCCUCUGGGACUGCUUGGGAAGCUGUGAUCCAGCCAUACCAAUCUAG